AUGGACGCUUCUAUACCUGUUUUCGAGAAGCCACAUCGUCAAUUGAGCGUAUUAGACUGGACGAGAAACAUACAGAGACUUCAAAAUGAAGCCAGACUCCGUAGAUUUGAGUCAUACGAACUUAGACAGAGGGCAAAUCAAUUACGAAAUGAGACUUCGGUUACUACGAGAUGGGAUAAUUAUUGUAACAAUGAAUUGUUGAGAGACAGAAUCUUCGAAGUUCAAGCAUGGAGGGAAAAGCAAAGGUUCACAAGAGAUUGCGUCAAGGACGAGAUAAGGGCUCUGAAAGAAGAGAAACACGCAACAGAACUGCAUUUGGAGUCUUUACAAGUGCCAUUGAUGGUGAUAUCGCAGUGUCUGUCUAAUAGAGAUCAGAGAGUCCCACCCGAACUGACUAGAGACCAACUAGGGGAGGAAUUAAAAAAGGAACUUCAUAUCACUGAGAAUAGCAAGCGUGUCUUAAUGGACGUCUGCCAUAUGGGCUGGGAGAAAAUCAAAGAGCUGACCAACGUGCUGUGUCGCCUGGAGCGCGAGAUCAAGAAUAAGGACGAAACCCUCGACUUGGAGUACCACGUUAAGGACCUCACUCGAGACAGCAGCGAUAUCAGCUUCAAAUUGGACCCUACAAGAGUGCCCACUGAAUCAAUGACCGAAGAGAGUUACGUGCACUGCAUAGAAAACACGAUAAAGAUAGCUGAGCAGCUGAUGUCGGAAUCGAAGGACCUUCGGGCGACAAUGUUCAAGAGUCGGGAGCAAGCCAGGAACCAGAUGUACGCACAGAGCCAGCAGGUCGAGCUGAUCAUGCGGAGGAGGGUGUAUGACAUACAGAGGGCCAGGAAUGAGAUGGAGUGGCAGAAGUAUAAAUUGGAACAGAAUCUACAAAAAGUUGACAGUGAGAUAGAAACGCUGCGAGCGGCAGUAGCCGACAAAAUAAACCCGACCAAGUUAGUGGAGACAAGGUUGGAGACCAGGACGAGACGGCCAGUACUCGAGCGAGUACAGGACAAACCCAUGCGAGGCCUGAUUGAAGAGUUUGAGAGAGUACACACCAGUCAUAAUAUGCUGGAGAAGAAACUCGAAGAAGCUAUCACAACUUACCACGGCAUGUACAAUCACCACCAACGUGUAACCAAAGACCUGCAAUACAAAAACCAAGCUUUGGAGACCGACAGGCGGCUCAUUGAGAUCAGAAAACCUCUCCAUUCCGCUGAUGAUACAGAGUUCAAGAGAAACGUCGGAUACUGUCAUAUGAGCGACGAAUUAGUCACUGAUUAA